AUGUUUUUACUGCAAAAUCGAAUAUAUACGAAUAAACUACUACGUAAUAAACUACUACGUAAUAAACUACUACUGAGAAUAACAUAUAAAUAUGCUUCAUCAUCAUCAUUAACCAUUGAAGAGAAGAAACAAAAAUUAAAUGUUGAAAAUAUUAGAAAAGAUUUAUUUGAUCGAAUAUCAAAAAUACCAAUUGAAAAUUAUCGAAAUUUUAGUAUUGUUGCUCAUGUAGAUCAUGGAAAAUCAACAUUGUCAGAUAGAUUAUUAGAAUUAACUGGUGUUAUACAACCGGGUUCAAAAAAUCAAGUACUUGAUAAAUUAGAAGUUGAAAGAGAAAGAGGAAUAACAGUCAAAGCUCAAACAGUAUCUAUGAUUUAUAAUGAUCUUAAAUCAAACAGAGAUUAUCUUUUACAUUUAGUUGAUACUCCUGGUCAUGUUGAUUUUAGAGCUGAAGUUUCAAGAUCUUAUGCUUCUUGUGGUGGGGCAUUAUUAUUAAUUGAUGCUAGUCAAGGUGUUCAAUCUCAAACAGUUGCAAAUUUUUAUUUAGCUUAUAGUAUGAAUUUAAAAUUGAUACCAAUUAUAAAUAAAAUAGAUUUGGAUUCUGCUGAUAUACCUAGGAGUUUAGAUCAAGUUGAAUCAAUUUUUGAAUUGGAUAAAAAUGAUGCUAUAGCCGUAAGUGCUAAAACUGGAUUAAAUGUAGAAAAUAUAAUACCGUCAAUUAUAGAGAAAAUUCCAGCACCUACCGGAGAUGAAAAUAAACCUUUAAAAGCAUUAUUAGUAGAUUCAUGGCAUGAUCCAUAUGUUGGAGUAGUAAUGUUAGUUCAUAUUGUCGAUGGUAAGUUGAAAAAGGGGACUAAAAUAGUCUCUGCACAUUCUAGAAAAGUUUAUGAUGUAAAAGAAGUAGGUAUAAAUUAUCCAGAUAGAACUCCAAUGGAUUUUAUAAAAGCUGGUCAAGUUGCUUACAUUAUAGCAGGUAUUAAAAAUCCAAGAGAAGCUUUAGUGGGUGAUACAUUUUUCCAAAAUGGUAAAUCAGAUGGAUUGGAACCAUUACCUGGAUUUGAAGAACCAAAACCAAUGGUUUUUGUCGGUGCUUUCCCUGCUGAUGGUAAAGAAUUUAAUGUUAUGGAUGAUCAAAUGCAAAAUUUAGUACUAAAUGAUAGAUCAGUAAGUUUGGAGAAAGAAACAUCAAAUGCAUUAGGUUUAGGUUGGAGAUUAGGUUUUCUUGGAUCACUUCAUGCAUCAGUAUUUCAAGAAAGAUUGGAAAAUGAAUAUGGUGCCAAGAUUAUUUUGACAGCACCUACUGUUCCUUAUAAAAUACGAUAUCGUAAUGGUCAAGAAGUAAUAAUUACAAAUCCUGAAGAUUUUCCAGAUAAUCAAAGACAAUUUGAUGUUGAUUGUUUUAUGGAACCAUACGUAGAAGCUAUAAUUACCGUUCCUGAUGAAUAUGUAGGGACUGUAAUGACAUUAUGUUUAAAUAAUAGAGGUGAACAAAAAGAGGUGGAGUAUUUAAAUACUGGGCAAGUUUUAUUAAAAUAUGAUAUACCAUUAGGUGAAUUAGUUGAAGACUUUUUUGGUAAAUUAAAAGGAUGUACUAAAGGAUAUGCAUCUUUAGAUUAUGAAGAUUCGGGAUAUAAGAGAUCAGAUAUUGUAAAAAUGCAAUUACUUGUUAAUGGUGAGGUUCAAGACGCAUUAACUACUAUAUUACAUAAAAGUGAUUCACAAGCAAAAGGUAAAGAAUAUGUAAAGAAGUUUAAGAAGUACCUUAAACAUCAAUUAUUCGAAGUUGCUAUUCAAUGUAAAAUAAAUAAUAAAGUAAUAGCAAGAGAAACAAUCAAAGCUAAAAGAAAAGAUGUUACUCAAAAAUUACAUGCUGCUGAUAUAACAAGAUAUAAAAAAUUAUUAGAAAAACAAAAAGAAGGUAAAGCAAAAAUGAAAGCAACAGGUAAAGUAACAAUUGGUAAUGAUGCCUAUCAAGCAUUUUUACGUCGUGACUGA